UGGUUUGCAGGAAUUAUGUGAAUAUAUAUAUAUAUAUUGGUCUGUUAGAUACAUGAAUUUAUUUUUAUUACUUAUACAAUAGCUAGUUAUGUUGAUUUUCAAUGAACUUCUGAGCCAUGACUAACAGACUAUGCAUGACUCAUAGUUCAUGUAUACUGUUACUGUCAGAAUAUAUUACUUGAUAGAGGUACUAGUACAUACACAUAUGUACGUCUGAAAACUUUUACUGAACUUUGCAUUUUACCUAAAUAUAAUUGAAACUUCAUUUUGAUGAAUCAUGUGUUUAUAAUCAAGGUUUGUUUUUGUGUAUUUAUUAUGAAUACUAACAUGACUUCCUUUCAUGUAGUAUACUAAUUAUAUAAAUAUAAAGUUGAGAAAACUCCUUACCUUGAACGUCAAAUGUUUAUAUAAUAAACAGCUCUGGGGCCAAGAUAAACAAGAACCUUAAAAAUUUGUGUGUCACAUCAGUUUUGUGUUAUUACUGAACAACUGUUACUGUAAAUAUACCGUUAUUCUUUCAUGUUUCACAGUGUCAAAUUUUAAACUUCAUACAUUAAACUUGUUCCAUUAGUCUUGUACGAAAGAGAAACUCCUAUAAAACUAUCUUUUAUCUAUGUUCUAUGUAAAUAUUAUAUUUGUCUUAUUCAUAUUUUGCAGAUUAUGGCAUUUAUAUAUAUUUGGUUGCUUUUUUGUAUAGGAGUUACUAUUUAUAGAUGAUUAACUGUAUUUACAAUAGAUACAUUUGCUUGUAAUACAGAACAUAUCAUGACUGACUCUUUAAACAUAGAUAGUUACUUGGACCUUUGAUAAUUGCGUUUCAAUGUUUUUUUCACCGUUAUGUUGCCUACUGAUUUGUUUACUGUGCAACCGGAAGGACGAAAUAUUGGAAAAUAUGAACUAUCAUAUUACUGUACAUAUAAAAUUAUUAAGAUCAAUUAUCGAAGUGUGUUCUUAAAUAUGUCGUUGGGGAAGGAAGGUUUUAUUUUUCUGAAGGAGAAGAAGAUUUAGAAGUGUUGAUUUCAGAUUAAAGUGCUCACAAUCAUACAACUGGUUUUGUGAAGUUAAGUUAAGAGUCCCUGUUCCACUGCACUGUGGUUUUUGUAUAUAUAGUUUCCUCACCUCAAUUCUGUUUGGCCUGAACACAUCCGUUGACCAGGUGGCUCAGUCCGUUAGAGCGUUAGCAUAACAAUCUGAAGUCCAGGGUUAGAACAUCGCUGUUGUUUAUCUUUUGAUAAUUUCAUCUUUCAUAUCUUUGCAUAAAGAGUCACGCAGUGUAUAUUUUUCUUUGGAGAAAGGAAUGAUCAUAGUUAAACCGGAAACAUCAUUGUACAAUGCGUAGUUACCUUUUUUGACAGUGGUACGGGGAUCCUUAAAACAUACUCACCUUGUUGAAGCUGACCUGUUUUGACAGUGGUACGGGGAUCCUUAAGACAUACUUACCUUGUUGUAGCUAACCUGUUUUGACAGUGGUACGGGGAUCCUUAAGACAUACUUACGUUGUUGAAGCUGACAUUUUUUUGGCAAUAGUACGGGGAUCCUUAAAACAUACUUACCUUGUUGUAGCUAACCUUUUUUUGGCAGUGGUACGGGGAUCCUUAAGACAUAAUAACAUUGUUGAAGCUGACAUUUUUUGACAGUGGUACGGGGAUCCUUAAGACAUAAUUACAUUGUUGAAGCUGACCUUUUUUGACAGUGGUACGGGGAUCCUUAAGACAUACUUACCUUGUUGAAGCUGACCUUUUUUUGGCAAUAGUACGGGGAUCCUUAAUACAUACUUACCUUGUUGAAGCUGACCUUUUUUGGCAGUGGUACGGGGAUCCUUAAGACAUACUUACCUUGUUGAAGCUGACCUUUUUUGACAGUGGUACGGGGAUCUUUUAGACAUACUCACCUUGUUGAAGCUAACCCUUUUUUGACAGUGGUACGGGGAUCCUUAAGACAUACAUGUACUUACCUUGUUGAAGCUGACCUUUUUUGGCAGUAUAACGGGGAUCCUUAAGACAUACUUACCUUGUUGAAGCUAACAAGUAACAUUUAAUGUUAUGAUGUAGACAUUGUAUAAUAUAACUUCGUUAGUUCAAAUCCUUAUACGGUUACAUUCCUUGCGUAUAUGUAUAUCCACCUGUUCAUUGAUGUGUAUAUGUAUAUCCACCUGUUCACUGAUGUGUAUAUGUAUAUCCACCAGCUGUUCAUUGAUGUGCAUAUGUAUCGAGUACAGUAGAGGUGUUGUCGGUAAAGCUGUCAGCUUAAAACACUCAUAAACACAUUCAUCAUUUUUAACUUUUGCACACUUAGGGUGUUUAACAUAGAUCUACCUAAACUCCCUAUCUGAUUAUCGACUUGCCUAUCAUACAUUUUGACUCGCCUGUAACAUAGAUCUACAUUAUCCCCUUUCUGAUUAUCGACUCGCCUGUAACAUCGAUCUACCUAUACUCCCUUUCUAAUUAUCGACUCGUCUCUAGUCAACAUGGCAAUCGAAGGUUAACACGACAUGGCAUUAUAAUCGGUCUAUAUCAAUAAAUACUUCCUUGCUCCAUAUAACAAUUUUAAGUAACUUCCUUGCCCCAAUGUAAACCGUCUGUUUUAUGAGGUGACGCUGAUACAUCUCCGGAUCGGUAAAGUGUUGUUCCCAUGCCUCAUUAUGUGUCCCUGAUCAUAAAUGUAAACGCAUCGAGGCUAUAUAAUGUGAAUGAGGUAUACCCAUAUUUGACCUUUGUAUAAAGUUUGACCAAAAUCUGUCAAAGUUUAGGGUUUAAAUACCUCGAUAGCGAUGCAACAUACUACUAUAUACUAUCCAGCGCUACACGUAACGUGUGUUUCAACAGUAUUUCAACUAGUUCACACAGAUUGAGAAAGUUUAUUGAUUUACGCCUUUAAAUCUACAUGCAUUUCGUCUUUGUGUGUGUGUGUGUAUAGCUUAAUGUACACGGGUGUGUCAUUCAGGUAGGCGUGAGUCAAGGUCGCUCGAUUCAUGUGUUCUGCUCCAGCGGUUUCUAAACAUUCUAUGCAGCUUUGUGGGCCUGUGUAUAUUUUAGUGACUGUGUAUUACCCUGAAGGUAGAUAACUUUCCCAAAAGCAGGGGAUGGAAAGUUAUCAAAGCUAAUGAUUGGGCGCAACCUGUGAGGCUCAACUUGUGACCUUGAUUGAGUAAGUCACCUGACAAUUUACGAGGGUUGUUAACUAAGUAUGUACAAACAUCCUGUACACAAGGCAAAAACAAGUGCACGUGAUAUAUAACUAUUUCAAGUACUCUUAGGUUUACUGUGGGAAAACACACACUUUGUUGGUUGGUGUGUAUUUGUUGAUACGUUAUCCUUCGGAGAGACACCAGGACUUUAAACUGUGAUCUACUGAGCGAUAUAUGUUAAGAACGACUAUGGAAGUUCAGCAGCAGCAGCAGCAGCAGCAGCAGCUACCGAGAAUAAUGCUUACGUCAUACAGUGAUGGAGUCAAUGAAUUUACCUGUGACCUUUACAGGGAGUUUUGUGCUGGAAAGCCCAACAAUGCCGUGAUAUCUCCAUACAGCGUUUCGGCAGCCAUGAUGCUGUCGAUGCUCGGAACAGAAGGAACGUCCAGAAGACAGAUUAUGGAAGCACUUCGUUUGAGUGACGUUCCGACCGGGAACAUCCACGAGGAAUACCGAAAGCUUCACACGGAACUUAAUAAAACCGGAAGUGAUGUUUUGAGUAUUGCAAAUAGAAUAUUUUCAAAGAAGGGAUUACAGUUGAAAGCAGAUUAUACAGAAAACUCGAAGCUGUAUUAUGGAAGCGAAAUGGAAUUACUGAAUUUCGGCGGUGAUCCAGAAGGUUCUAGGAAGACAAUCAACGCUUGGGUUGAAGCACAGACCAACAACAGAAUACAAGAUUUGAUUCCCGCAGGUACUAUCAGCGGCCUUUCUUUGAUUAUUCUUGCCAACGCCAUUUACUUUAAAGGAAGCUGGGAAACAAAGUUUCCCCCGGCUGCGACAGCAAAGCGAGACUUCCGCGUUAGCCUUACAGAGGCAGUGAACGUGGACAUGAUGCAAGCGAGUGAACAGAAUAUUCCAUUCGGAUGGAGUAAAAAAUAUGACUGUACAGCCGUCGAGUUGGCUUAUCAGGGCAAAUAUAGGACCAUGGUGAUCAUUUUGCCAAAUUCAGUUGAUGGACUUUCAAACAUUGAUGAAAACAUUUCCUUAACGAUGAUCACAGAAAUCAUUAAAGAAAUGCGACAACAGAAAGUUGAGGUAGCUUUGCCGAAAUUUAAGAUUGAGGCGAAAUUUGACCUCAAGAGCGUUCUUUCGAAACUCGGAAUCCGUGACGUGUUUUCGGCGAAAGAUGCCGAUCUAAGCGGGAUGUUCGAUUCACCCCCUAUGGAUGCACACAUCAGUGACGUGGUUCACAAGGCGUUUGUUGAAGUGAAUGAGGAGGGAACCGAAGCUGCCGCGGCGACCGGCGUAAUGAUCCGUAUGAUGAGUAUGCCGCUACAGUUCGUAGCAGAUCGCCCCUUCCUGUUCGUCAUCCGUGACGUCACUUCAGGAACUAUCCUUUUUAUUGGCAAGUUUGUACGGCCUUCAACCGAUUAGAAUUGUCUAAUGUGUGUUUAUGUGCUGCUUCAACGUUCAACCAGCAAAUAGAUGCCUGCCCAAUCAGCAGUUGAAUUGCAAGAUAAACUGACGUCACAUGGCUUACAUGUACAAUUCAUGAAUGCAACAUACAUGUACUUAUUGUAUAUUAAUUUGUUUUGAUGAUGCACCUACAGUUAACAUUAUAAUAAUUGUGUUUUAAUGGGAAGGUUAUUCCAUUUGGUUAUUCCAACUUUUCUAUAAAUUAACUUAGAUAUAUGGAGAUUUAACUAAGUACUUAUGUAUAUACUUCUUCAUGUUUUUAUCGAUUGAUUUAUUUUUCAAUUUUGAUUGAUUUUGUUGCAAACAUGUGUCAAGUCUGUCGCUCUGAAAUUGUAAACAAAUAUGAAUUGAAUACAAUCUUAAACCUCAGUUUGAUUUAAAAUUUAUUUACAAAUCUUCAAAUCAUACCUAAUUUAAAUUUAUAUAUUAUUUCAAUUCAUACAUAUGCUUCAUAACCAGAUACUAGCCAUUUUUAAUCAAAGUUCGCUUAACUAUUAAUUAAGGAAAAUACUAUCGCUUGUGUAUAUCAUUAUAUAAACAUUUGGACUAAUGCUUUUGAGAUAAAUAAAUCUAUACAUUUGCAUUUAAAAUAAAUAUACAACUUGUACAAUGUCAUGUAAGACACACUGAUAAUUUACAACGUCAUAAGUUUUGUACUCAAAUAAAUAAGGCAAGAAAAUGUAUUUUUAUUUUAUUUUUCCCCCAUCUUUUUCGGGAAAACCAAAUAAAACACCAAUCUGUAUGUAUAUCAAAAUGGAGAAAGCAUUGAUAUUGAUGCUUUUGUGGAUGAAUAAAAAAGUGUUCGACAAAGGAUAUGGUCAUUUGUUUGCUUACUAGGCAAAAUGAACCCAAACUAUCGAUUCUGUUAGACCCCCCCCCCCCCAAAAAAGAGAAUAACAACAAUAAAAAAAACCCAAAAAAAACAUCCCUGUUCCGGCAUUGUGAAGUAUGAUUGUGUGUAGCACUUACAUGUACUCAUCCUGUUAAUAGUUUCUGUAUCGUCAUGAUUUCCUUCGUUAUGACUCGUUCAAGGAAACUGUUUAUAGAAUAAUUCACUAGUUGACUAACAAAUGAUUCACAUUGAAAACCAUCAUAACGACUCAUUUAGAGAUCGCAUGUUGACUGACGAAUGUUGUACGUUGAAAACAAUCAAAACGACUCAUUUAGAGAACGCCUGUUGAGUGAGGAAUGUUGUACGUUGAAAACAACCAAAACGACUCAUUUAGAGACCGCCUGUUGAUUGAGGAAUGUUGUACGUUGAAAACAACCAAAACGACUCAUUUAGAGAUCGCCUGUUGAAUUCAAAACGACUCAUUGAGAGACCGCUUGUUGAUUAACGAAUGUUGUACAAUGAAAACAAUCAUUACGAAGUAUUUAGAGAGCAAAUUAAGGUCCUGAAAUAUUUAUCGGUGACCACAUUAACACAAGGAAAAUUAUCGUUUACAAUUCGUGAUCCCCCUCCAGCAGUAGGGUACAUUACUACAUAAAUGACUUUUAAUUCAGGUAAAUGUUCUUAAUGAGGAAAUAUAGGCUAAGCAAAUUUCACUUUGUCAAAUAAUGUUUUCAUUUUAUAUGUCUGGAAAUCUGAGGAAUUACAAAACACGUUAUUUAUGCUCUCAUUAAAUUCUUAUUAUCUGUCAAUAAACCCUCGAAAGGAAAUAAAAAAAUGAAGGAUUUGG